AUGGCGAGUCAAGAAGAAUUCUUUAGGACACAGAUAUUCGGAACAGUAUUUGAAAUCACGAAUCGAUAUGCGGACUUGAAUCCGGUGGGAAUGGGUGCUUUUGGUCUUGUAUGCUCUGCGGUCGACACAUACACUCAGCAGCAGGUGGCUAUUAAAAAGAUUAUGAAACCAUUUUCUACCGCUGUGCUUGCAAAGCGGACUUAUCGUGAAUUGAAAUUGUUGAAGCACUUGCGACAUGAGAACUUAAUUUGCCUUGAGGACAUAUUUCUGUCUCCGCUGGAAGACAUAUAUUUUGUUACAGAGUUACAGGGGACUGAUUUGCAUAGGCUGCUUCAAACUAGACCUCUUGAAAAGCAGUUUCUCCAAUAUUUCUUGUAUCAGAUUUUGCGUGGUUUGAAAUACGUUCAUUCUGCAGGGGUAAUUCACCGUGAUUUAAAACCCAGUAAUAUUCUUAUAAAUGAAAACUGUGAUUUGAAGAUCUGUGACUUUGGUUUGGCCCGUAUACAAGAUCCACAGAUGACGGGUUAUGUGUCUACAAGGUACUAUAGGGCGCCUGAAAUCAUGCUUACUUGGCAAAAAUACAACGUCGAAGUUGAUAUAUGGUCUGUAGGAUGUAUCUUUGCUGAAAUGAUCGAAGGUAAGCCGCUGUUUCCAGGUAAGGAUCACGUGCACCAGUUUUCUAUCAUCACACACCUGUUAGGCUCUCCUCCGGCCGAUGUGGUUGACACUAUCUGCUCUGAAAAUACGCUGAAGUUUGUUACUUCUCUCCCCCAUAGGGAACCUGUGCCGUUCGCAGAACGUUUCAAAAAUUUAACAUAUGAUACUGUGGAUUUGCUAGAAAAAAUGCUAGUUUUUGACCCAAAUAAGAGGAUUACGGCUGCUGAUGCACUUGAUCAUCCAUAUCUUGCUUCAUAUCAUGACCCUACUGAUGAACCGGUGGCUGAAGCCAAAUUUGAUUGGAAUUUUAAUGAUGCAGACUUGCCUGUAGAUACCUGGAGAGUAAUGAUGUAUUCAGAAAUAUUAGACUUCCAUCAGUUGCCUGACUCUCAAAUAAAUCCAAAUGAUACAUUUGAUGCUCAAGUAGCAGCUGCAACAGCGGCUGCAGAAGCCGCUAGGCAGUUACAACAACAGAAGGAUCAACAAAUGCAAGAGGAAAAAGAUCAGCAAUUGCAGCAAUCACAGCAACAGAAGCAUGGAGGUCAGCACCAGUCGCGGCUACAAGCUUGCCAGGAUCAUAUACUGCAGCAACCUCCACAUCAAAAUCAUCAAGAACAAACUAUAAUAAAUGCAGUUAAUACUGCCGGUCCAGAUAUCCCCUUUACUGUUUCUACUACUAGUGAAACUUUGAAUAAUUUCGCUAGUCAAGCCGACCAAUACGUUAAUGAUUUUCAAUAG